CAAAGCAACAAAAAAAAAAAAAAUAUGUAUCUUAAAAAUGAAUUUAGUAAUUCAGUUGCUUUUGAUUAGCUCUGAGCUCGUGCAAUUUACACUAAUGCAUAAAUCUCAUUCCAAACCCAUAAUUCUUCAGACAAUUGAGAAAGUUGUGCCACCAAAUUUGAACGCUUUGGAAUGCGGCGAUUGUGGGUACGUCAACAGAAAGUGCAAGGUUAAGCUCACUGGUUAUCGAUGUGGCGAAUAUGAGUCCAAUGACUUUAGUCUGGUUUCCAUUGCGGAUGGCCUUGGCAAUGAGACUGCCCAUUUGCGUGAAUGCCUACCGCCGGAAUUCAAUUUCAAAGAUUUUAGAUCGCGUUUCCACAUUUUGUUGCUUUUGGACACCACAGCUGGGCUGCACCUUUAUUCAUCAUAAGAUAAGAAAUAAUUUUACUUGUAAUAAAUGUACAGGAAAGGUUUUAUCUCAAUACAGAUAUUGUCCAUGUGAUGGAUCCGACUAUCCGGAUGCUAUCAAAGAACUAAUUUUACUUUGUUCGUUAAUUGUAAUGAGUAUGUGGUAGUUAGUGAAAGAAAUCUAAUAAACAAUACUAAAAACUA